AUGGAUUCAUCAAGAACUAGUCAAAAGCAAAAAUAUGGUCCACCAACUUCAAUCAAACCAAGAAGUUAUAAUGUCAUGUUGGAAUUAUUAGAAACACAAGCAAAUAAGAAAUUAACUAAUGAAUAUAAUCAAGAUGUUAAACAAUGGUUAGCAGUGUUAGAAAAUGAAUCAUUAGUUAACCCAUCAAUGAUUGACUUACAACCCGAGAUUCAAUGGUUUAUGAGACCAUUUUUGUUAGAUUUCUUAAUUGAACUUCAUUCGAGUUUUAAGUUACAGCCAUCGACAUUAUUUUUAUGCUUUAACAUUAUUGAUAGAUAUUGUGCUAAAAGAAUUGUUUUCAAAAGACACUAUCAAUUAGUUGGAUGUACUUCAUUAUGGAUUGCUUCUAAAUAUGAAGAUAAAAAAUCAAGAAUACCAACCUUAAAAGAAUUAUCAAUAAUGUGUAGAAAUGCAUAUGAUGAAGAAAUGUUUAUUCAAAUGGAAAUGCAUAUUUUAUCAACCUUAGAAUGGAGUUUGAGUCAUCCAAAUUUAGAAGAAUGUUUACAAUUAUCCAUUCAAUCAAUGAAUAAUUUACAAGUUACUCCUUGUAAAUAUAAUAAUUUAACUCCAAAUAAUUCCAAAACAUCUGCUAUUACUGCAAUUAGUAGAUUUUUGUGUGAAUUAUCAUUAUACGAUCGGUUUUUUCUUACCAUGCCAACUUCUUUGGUUGCUAUCACAGCAAAUUUACUUGCAUGUUCAAUGUUACAAAUUAAUACUUCUUCUAAUUAUUUAGAAGAUUUAAUAAAAUCAUAUUAUAUCAAAAAAUAUGACCAAAGGAAACCAUCAACUUCUUCAAUAAAUUUAUUUGCAACUCCAAAAUCUUUUAAGAAAAAUCAAGAAGAUAUAAUAAUCACCGCUAAAGAAAAUAAACAACCCCAAGUUAAAGGUUCCUUUUUAAGUGGAUUCGAUCCAAAUACUACAAUUGACCAAAUUAAAAAAGUUUGUCUUAUGUUUAUUAUUCAAUUAUCAAAGAUAACCGAUGUUUUAACCAAAAAAUACGAAUCUUUAGGAGUUAUUCAAGUUAUUAAAAAUUUCAAUAAUAGAUAUAGCUUCAUCAUAUCAACCAUCAUUGAUAAUUCUAAAAUGAUCAUCAAUGAUGAAUACAUUCAUUCAAAUAAAUUAAAUCACUUAUCUGAUAUUUUAUUACAAUUACCCCAAAUUAAUGAUAUUGAAUCAUUGAUUAAAAAUAAUACUACUACUAGCUUACCAAUCCCAUUAACUCCUCCUUCUGCAACCUCUCAAUAUUCAAUGUUUCUGCUUUCAAAUCAUACUCUAUCGAGUGUUUGUGCUACUCCAAUCAACUCAACCCAUUUAAAACCAAAUCCACCAUAUAAUUUUAAUCACACUCAAAGCUCAGAUGCUAUCCAUGGUUUCAGUCCCGUUUCUAAAAACCUGCAUCAUCCAAUCAAUGAUUGGUCCUCCCCAAUCUCAAAGGUCUCUUAUUAAUGUUGCUUUUGACGACCCUCCUUCGAUGCCUUUCGGCUUUCAAAUUAAUUUCACUUCAAUUCUUCGUCUACAUAUUUGCAUUGUAUUCAUUUCUUACAUAAUACAUAUUAAUAUACUUAUCAUCAUAAUAUCAUGCCAUCCCUU